AUGCCGCUUGUGGAUGGCAUGACUGCCUUAGACGAUGCUCUGGAGGCUCCCGAAUGGAGCAGCCUCGGAGCUGUCCGGACGGCGAUUCGGAAGCAACUAACACAACGAGCGUAUUCUCCUGACACCUACUAUUUCGACCUUGCCGGAAUCUGUGUUUCUCUGCCAGACGCAGGAGCUAAGGAUCCAUCGGAGGAAGUCAUAGAUCACUGGUCGAGGGAGAUGAUGGGUGUGUUGAACGACAUGAACAGUGCUAAAGCUGAUGUUAUGAGGGGAAUGGCACCUGAAGAUCGCCGCGCAUGGAAGAUGUGCGAAGAGGGACCGGAGCAUCGAGCCAUGGUGCGCAAGGGCCCGGAAGGCACGGAGGUGCACACGCUGCUGAUGGAGGGAAUCGUGAACGGACCCGUGGAAGCAGCCGUCGCCAUGACCCGCGACGUAACUUUCUUCAAAGAAUGGUGGCCGCAGCAGAACAUGCCUGUGUACAAGGUCAUUGAGAACCGUUAUCUGAAGCGAAUUGGCGACGGCUUCGAUCUCACAUACAUGAGGUUCAAGACCCCUUGGCCGUUCCCCGGGAAGGAGUUCGCCUUCAUGCUCUUGAGCGUAUAUGACGCUAACACAGGAAUGGUUACCACAGUCCUUCAGACGCCUCCAGAAGACAACGCUCUCAUUGACCCAGCUAAGCACGGCUUCCCCCGAGAGACCGUCCCACCUGUACCCUCGGGCGUGGUCCGCAUGGCCAUUAACGGUGGCUUCACCGUGAAGGUCUUGGGCGAAAACCGCUGCCACUAUCGGGGAAUCUUCACCGUCGAUCUCAAGAUGCCGCCCGCACUGGUCAAUUUUAUCACCAAGGGGUUCGGCGGGAUGCUGUUUUCAGUGUUUAGCAAAGAGAUCGAAUCGGAUCUGGCGGAUACGAAGGGCAGCAAGGGGAAGGCGUUCCGGAAGGUUCUGGAGGAGGAGCAGCUGUAUGUGAGGAUCAGAGAGGCUAUGCGUGAGCACCGUGCCUGGAAGGAGAAGCAGCGGGAGAGAGUUGGGGGAGCAGGGGGAGGAGCAGGGAGAGGAGCAGUGGCAGAAGCAGCAGCGGCAGGGGCGGGUGAAACAGGGAGAGGAGGAGGGGAUGGGGAGGAGGGCGAGGAAGAGUGGGAGGGAGGAGAGUCGGAGGCGUUUUAUUCUCCCGCCUCGUCAUUCUCCUCCUCCUUCCAUGCGCACUCCCUUCCUCCCCUGUCCCUUGACCACGCCCUUCCCACAGAAUCACUCAACCCACAUGCCACAGCAGGCAUACAGCUUCGUGAGGCGCCUCAAAUCUGCUCGCACGCCGCAGCCAAGCAGCGCCGCCCUAGUGCUCCUCCUCGCUUGAGACCCGUUUCCAGGGGGAGUGGCCUAGCAGCAGCAGCAGCAGCAGCAGCAGCAGGAGCAGAAGCAGAAGCAGAAGCAGGAGGAGAAGCUGGGUGGGUUGGCAGGGGCCGGUUUGGAUUCCGCAGCAGCAGGCGCAAGGUAGAGGAGAGAGCUCGCAAGCUCACAGAAACCAUUCCUCCCUUCUCCUCCUCUCUUCUCACGCCCUCUUCACCUGCUACCUCCCUGGCCUCCUCACUGUCCCAAGCUCGGCUUGAAGACCUGGGCCUGAUCCCUGUCAUCCCUUUGAUCCCUGUGGACUCUGCUUCUACAUCUUCUCACGAAGCAGCUAGCUACCGGCCCCACCACAGCGACCUGUGUCUGCAGAUGCAGCCAGGUGAUUUUGAGAGAAUCGUGGCAGGAGGAGGUGCUUCAGAGAGCAAGGGAGUGUUUGGCAGCAGUGAGAAGGGGAAAGGGGAUUUAGGAGGCAAGACAGGUGGCGGGCUGUUUGGAAGCGGCUGGAGUUCACAGGACUAA